CUGGUGCAGGAUGCAGCUGUGCCUGCGCGCGCCAUGAACUUACUGGUGUCCGCCUUUAACGUGCAGGGCGGGCUGGGGUCCAGACGCGGCGAGGGAGCUCAUGAGGGCAGGAUUCGCGAUCUUGUCGUGGCACUCCACAGCAGAGGAGUGGUCCUCGCAGUCCUCUCCGAGCCGAGGCUAGCCCCCGGCAGCCUUUGGCCCCGCUGGGCUGGGUAUGCGUACCACGGUGAACGCAGUGCACUCCCGGACACGGUCGCGCUACUAGUCCUGGACGAGAUCGGUAGUCGUGUGGAAGUCUUGGAGGGGGUUGGGGAUGCACGGGCCGUUUGGGCUGCCGUAUCCAUGGGAGGUUCGGCCCGCACUGGGGUGUUACUGUUGGGAGUUUAUGGGCCGCCCCCCAAUUACGGCGUUGGGGCCCGCCGAACCUUCUGGAAGACUCGAGUGGACGAGUGGCGCCAGCUCCGCGCCCGCCCGUGCUUUCUCGGCUGGUCGUUCUUGUUGGCGGGCGACUUCAACUUCCACUUCUCGGCGUUGGGCGGUAUCAACGGGCGCCUGGAGGAGAGCUUGGAUCGCGACGUGUGGCAGUGGUUGCACGACGCUUGCCAUUUCGGGUCCGUGGUCCGCAACCCUGUUGGGUGCCCGACGCAUGCGUCAGGUUCCAUCAUCGACGUGGUAGCCUCGUCGCCGGAAUUGGUGACUGAGGUCAAGGUGGUGGCGCCCGCGGACGCGGGACUGCGCAGCGACCAUCGCCGCCUUGAUGUUUCGGUCGCUGGCGUGGUGGACUGCACGGGGGAGUCGGCAGUGGGCUUCGCGAGGUGGGAGCGUGGCGCCGACUGGGGGGAGGCUUUACUGUUGGUACCACUCGCGUUACGAUUUUUGGUGGGCUGGGCGGGUACGGCCAUGCGGUCAGCUGUCGUCCGUCGCUGGGUAGUCGAAGGGCGCUGCCGGGGCACACGGCAGGGCCUGCUCGACCGGGUGGUUUGGUGGAGGGCUGUUGUCUACACCCUAGCUGGCCAUUUUGCGGGUAUGUCGGUUGCGCACGGCCCACGCGGCCAGCCGCGGGGAGUAGGCGCUGCCGGUGCGGACCGCGACGAUGACGACGAGGGCGUGGGGCCAGGGGAGCUGCGGGCGGCGUGGGCCGCGGCGGCUGCGGGCGAUGCGGACCCGCCCGCCCGGAAAGCCGCCACCAGAGCUCUUGACAGGUACCUCGAACUCGCAGCGGCGUCGCCCGGCGAGGCGGAAGCCUUCCUGAGUCGCGCAUUGGAACCCCGUCUGCCGGUACAGUUGGCCUUGCGGUGCCCGGUGUCCGGUGAGUUAUUAGGGCUGGCCGACGCUCUGGAGGUCAUCACCGAGGAUGUGUUGUCACGCGGAGCGCAGGCUGGGUCUGGCGACGCAGCCUUCAACCGCGCCGUGGCCGAUGAGGAGGCUCGCGCGGACCCCGAGGCCCGCAAACGGGCCGUCAAGCACUGGAAGCGCACUGUGGUGCUGCCGGCAGUCCUGGCGUACGAGCAGGCGUGGUUCGUCUUGCAGCUGGGCGCGGUGGGUACUAGUGGUCUCUUGCCAUACCGGGAGCUGAUUCCAAUACGUGGGCCGCUCUCCGCUGGCGUACGAUGGGCGCCGUGGGGGCGUACGAUGUGGCGCUUCUACCAGGCCUGGGCACUCGCGCGGGCGUCGGGCCGCAUGCCAGUGGAAGUGUGGCUGGCCGAGGGGGUCGCCGCCGUUCCCCUGGCGUGCCCACUGUGCGCCGCCCCUGCACCGGAGGGGUGCACUCUGGUGGAGUGCCUCGGGCACUUGCUGUCGGCGUGCCCUGCGGUGGCCCCCCUGCGCGUGGCGUGCUCAACCAGUGACGUGGCACGGUGGGCGCUCGGCGACGUGGAGGACACCGCCGCACUCGCGCCGCGGGUCCGCCUGGUGGGUCUCGCCUCGCGUGCUUGGGUACUGGGC